AACUCAAUUAACGUCAAAAUCAUGACGAACGAAAAAACAUCAAGCCAAGAGAGAAACAGACAAAAAAACGACUAAAGGACCAAGAAAAAAGUUUUUUCUACCUUUUGGAAGACUUGAUUAUCGGCAUGGACAAGAAGACUGACGUCAGCAAAGACAAAGAAAAUUCAUCCUUGAGUUUGGUUUUUGUGCUGAUUGGAAUUUUUUCAUUAAGUAUCGUAGGCUUAAUUUACGUUUACAGCAAAUUUCCGCAUAUUGAUGAAUCCGAAAAGCAGUUUAUAAAAAUCCCCUUUAACUUGGAGGAUGCCAAAAAUCUGGGACGCGUUCUUGACAAGUACAAAGAGCAACAUUUUACCGAAGUAAUUUUAGGAAUAAUUCUAGUCUACAUUUUCCUGCAAACUUUUGCCAUUCCGGGAUCGUUAUUCCUCUCGAUUUUAAGUGGAUUUUUGUUUGAUUUUUUGACGGCAAUUACGCUAAUUUGUUGUUGCUCGGCACUUGGAGCGACUUUUUGCUAUACUGUCUCGCAAUUCCUUGGGAAACGACUAGUCUUGCAUUAUUUCCCUGAUCGCAUCGCUGAAUGGUCGAAGAAAAUUGAGAAACAUAAAAGUGAUUUAUUUAGUUACAUGUUAUUCUUAAGAAUGACGCCACUCUUGCCAAAUUGGUUUAUUAACCUGACAGCACCCGUUUUGGGAGUUCCAUUAUCGCCAUUUGUGUUUGGAACGUUUUUCGGUGUUGCUCCGCCAUCAUUCAUCGCAGUCCAAGCUGGAAAGACGCUGUACAAAAUGACGAGCUCAAGCGAUGCUUUCUCGUUCCAAUCGACUGUGAUAUUGUCAGUUCUAUCCGUGCUGUCACUCUCGCCCGUCAUCUUCAAGAAGUAUUUCAAAUCCAAAGUGGACUAAAUACAGCUAAUUUGUAUGAAAAGUACACAAAAAAACGCAAACCUCGACACCGAUUUUUAGUUAGAAAAAUUAAAUCUUUUAUUUUAAUUUAAAAUAAUUCAGCAAUAAAUAGUAAAAUU